GGCGUGGUUGGCGUAUCAGGCGUUGUCGGCGUAUCGGGCGUCGUCGGCGUAUCGGGCGUCGUUGGCGUAUCCGGCGUGGUUGGCGUAUCCGGCGUCGUCGGCGUAUCGGGCGUGGUUGGCGUAUCCGGCGUGGUCGGCAUAUCGGGCGUCGUCGGUGUAUCCGGUGUGGGGUCCACCGCUGGGGUGGGCUCUGAAGUCGAGUUGCCUUCAUCCGAUGUCACGGUCGGUGGAUUCUCCGGCGUGGUAAUCUCUUCGGGCUCCGAUACCGCGGGUGUUUCGAUGGGCACAUCCAUAUUUUCGGUGGGAGCCGUAGUCACAUCAGUUACCGCUGGCGGCAACGCACCCACGUCAUCUUGCGCCUUAACGGCCACUGUGGCUAAGAGCGCAACCGCCGAAAAGCACAAUAAGCGUUGGAUUUUCAUUAGAAUGUCGCCUGCGUCUCUUUAUUGCUGUUGUUUAUUUAUAGUCUUUUGUCGCUGCGGUCCAAAUAGUGCAAAAAAGUUCGCUCUCGAUUUUGAAAAGACAGUCUAAAACUAAAUAAGGGAAACCACUCUCAGAGCUGUUGUCGUAAAGGUAGAGAACGUCAAAGUGUAUCGGAAAAGGUGAGGAUGCUAGUAGAGCAAGGGGAAAUUAAAAGGCGAGUGUGAUAAGAGGAUAAAGGGUAAUAAUAGACGUUUAAAGUGUAAAAAUAAAAAGGAAAGAAAGAGAGAAGUGGAGGCGUUGAAGAGAGCCAAAAAAAAUAUAGAGUACGGAUAAAUAAAAAUAAAUAUGUAUUGCAGGCUCAAAAAACUCAAAAACGUCAACGUUUCAAAGAAAUAUAUGACAGCAAGAAUGACACGAAGGGCCAAAGAAAGAAGAAAACAUGCAAACAAACAACAAGCGCAAAUGCAAACGCAAAUGCAAAUGCACCAGCAGAGGGAGAAA